CGCUAUCACCUAUACGCAUUAUCCUAGAUCGGGGUGUAGAAGCUGCCCGCGGACUUUGCCAAACUCAACCGCAGCUAGGUCGCUUCUCGCGCAAAAUGAUGUUGACCCAGACUCCUGGGACCGCCACGGCUUCUAGCCGGCGGUCGCAGAUCCGCUCGGCUGCGCACGUCUCCGCCAAGGUCGCGCCUCGGCCCACGCCAUUCUCGGUCGCGAGCCCCGCGACCGCUGCGAGCCCCGCGACCGCGGCGGCCCGCCGCACACUCCACCGCACUGCUGCGGCGGCCACUGGUGCUCCCACGGCGUCCGGAGCCGGCGUCGCCAAGACGCUCGACAAUGUGUAUGACGUGAUCGUGGUCGGUGGAGGUCUCUCGGGCCUGGUGACCGGCCAGGCCCUGGCGGCUCAGCACAAAAUUCAGAACUUCCUUGUUACGGAGGCUCGCGAGCGCGUCGGCGGCAACAUUACGUCCAUGUCGGGCGAUGGCUACGUGUGGGAGGAGGGCCCGAACAGCUUCCAGCCCAACGAUAGCAUGCUGCAGAUUGCGGUGGACUCUGGCUGCGAGAAGGACCUUGUGUUCGGUGACCCCACGGCUCCCCGCUUCGUGUGGUGGGAGGGCAAGCUGCGCCCCGUGCCCUCGGGCCUGGACGCCUUCACCUUCGACCUCAUGUCCAUCCCCGGCAAGAUCCGCGCCGGGCUGGGCGCCAUCGGCCUCAUCAACGGAGCCAUGCCCUCCUUCGAGGAGAGUGUGGAGCAGUUCAUCCGCCGCAACCUGGGCGAUGAGGUGUUCUUCCGCCUGAUCGAGCCCUUCUGCUCCGGCGUGUACGCGGGCGACCCCUCCAAGCUGUCCAUGAAGGCGGCCUUCAACAGGAUCUGGAUUCUGGAGAAGAACGGCGGCAGCCUGGUGGGAGGUGCCAUCAAGCUGUUCCAGGAACGCCAGUCCAACCCGGCCCCGCCGCGGGACCCGCGCCUGCCGCCCAAGCCCAAGGGCCAGACGGUGGGCUCGUUCCGCAAGGGCCUGAAGAUGCUGCCGGACGCCAUUGAGCGCAACAUCCCCGACAAGAUCCGCGUGAACUGGAAGCUGGUGUCUCUGGGCCGCGAGGCGGACGGGCGGUACGGGCUGGUGUACGACACGCCCGAGGGCCGUGUCAAGGUGUUUGCCCGCGCCGUGGCUCUGACCGCGCCCAGCUACGUGGUGGCGGACCUGGUCAAGGAGCAGGCGCCCGCCGCCGCCGAGGCCCUGGGCUCCUUCGACUACCCGCCGGUGGGCGCCGUGACGCUGUCGUACCCGCUGAGCGCCGUGCGGGAGGAGCGCAAGGCCUCGGACGGGUCCGUGCCGGGCUUCGGUCAGCUGCACCCGCGCACGCAGGGCAUCACCACUCUGGGCACCAUCUACAGCUCCAGCCUGUUCCCCGGCCGCGCGCCCGAGGGCCACAUGCUGCUGCUCAACUACAUCGGCGGCACCACCAACCGCGGCAUCGUCAACCAGACCACCGAGCAGCUGGUGGAGCAGGUGGACAAGGACCUGCGCAACAUGGUCAUCAAGCCCGACGCGCCCAAGCCCCGUGUGGUGGGCGUGCGCGUGUGGCCGCGCGCCAUCCCGCAGUUCAACCUGGGCCACCUGGAGCAGCUGGACAAGGCGCGCAAGGCGCUGGACGCGGCGGGGCUGCAGGGCGUGCACCUGGGGGGCAACUACGUCAGCGGUGUGGCCCUGGGCAAGGUGGUGGAGCACGGCUACGAGUCCGCAGCCAACCUGGCCAAGAGCGUGUCCAAGGCCGCAGUCAAGGCCUAAGCGGCUGCAGCAGUAGCAGCAGCAGCAUCGGGCUGUAGCUGGUAAAUGCCGCAGUGGCACCGGCAGCAGCAAUUGGCAAGCACUUGGGGCAAGCGGAGUGGAGGCGAGGGGGGGGCUACCAUUGGCGCUUGCUGGGAUGUGUAGUAACAGUUGGAAUGGAUCGGGGAUGUGGAGCUAGGGGUUCGGGGGUCUGCCAAGGACAUAGGUGGUGCUGGGAUGAGCGAUGUGGUUGGUAAAGCUCUGUCGGCACCGUUAUGUGCGGGUUAACUGCACUAUGACGCUCCGUUGUACAGCCCCGUUGUGCAUUGUUUGCAUGAAGUUUUGGCGAGAGUGAGUUGGCGCACACGCGGGGCGGUUUGGGGGCACUGUCCCUCAGUGUGGUCCCAGCAUAGCACAGGAGAGACACAGAACUGAGUGACAUAGACUAGGUCUCGAAGUACCUUCAAAAGGGGGCUAUAAAUUGCGAAUACCCGGAGCAGGGGGCCAGACCCAAGGCAUUGACUGUCAGUGCACAAGCGAAAGACCAAUUGCAUGGGUUGCUUCCGUGGUGGGAAGAGGAGGGCAGGGGAGCAUCGUCAGGUGUAUGUUGCGGCUUCGCCCAUAAGUGCCAUGGUUUCGAAGAUGCUUAAGACUAACAAUGCCAACUCGAGGUCUAUUUCAUAUUGUAACUGCUGCCCGCG